AUGUCGACGCCAAAGAGAGCAGUGCGAGUGGCCAAUUGUUCAGGAGCAGCGGGCGAUCCGGGUGUCCAUAUGUUCAACCAAGCAAAGUAUGGUCCAGUAGAUGUAAUUACCGGGGACUACCUCGCAGAACUCAAUCUAGCUAGCCAGGCCGAAGAAUACCAUGCUGGCAAAGUUCCAGGUUACAUACCUACCGCAUGGGAUGGAAUCCAGCAGACUAUGGAGCUCGCAAAUGAGAAGAGAAUCAAGAUUGUGCUCAAUGGUGGCGGUCUCAACCCGAGGGGCUUGGCCGAAAGAGUCCACGAAGCGGUAAAAGAGAAAAACCUGAACCUGAAAGUUGCUUACGUUGAAGGCGAUAAUCUGAUGCACAAGGUCGACGAAAUCUUGAGUAGUAUCAAAGCAGGCACAUAUAGCCACCUAGAUAAAGCUAAUGCGGAAGUGCAGCUAGCUGACAACUCGUUGUCGUUUCUUGAUGACCCAAAGAACAUGCCGAUUGUGUGUGCCAAUGCCUACCUUGGCUAUCGCGCAAUCAAAAAGGGUCUCGACGAGGGCGCAGACAUUGUCAUUUGCGGACGUGUGGCUGAUGCUUCACCAGUGAUUGCAGCUGCAGCAUGGUGGCAUCAGUGGGACACGACGAACUAUGACGAGCUUGCAGGUGCACUCAUUGCUGGUCAUCUUAUCGAAUGUUCCACAUACGUCACUGGGGCCAACUUCGCUGGGGCAUAUAAAUAUCAAGUAAAGGACCUGAUGAACCUCGGACUUCCAAUUGUAGAGAUCCUGGCCAAUGGAGAGUGUGUGAUGACGAAACAUGAGGCUUUGAACGGAAUUAUGACAGCCGAUACAGUAAAAUGCCAGCUGCUGUAUGAACUUCAGGGAAACAUCUACCUCAACAGCGACGUGAAAGCAGACAUUAAUCACAUCAAAGUUGUCCAGGAAGCAAAGGAGCGCGUCCAUGUAUCAGGCGUAAAAGGAUAUCCUCCUCCCCCUACAACUAAACUAGCUGUGUUCUAUCGAGGUGGAUACCAAUGCGAGAUGGUGAUGAACGCCACUGGGUAUGCGACAGAUUGGAAGUACGACUACCAGGAGGCUCAGAUUAGGUCCAAACUAGAAGAGUGGGAUCUGACUAAACAUUUUGACAUUCUUGACUUUCAACGAGUUGGCCGACCUAUGGAGAAUCCUGAUUGUCAACUGGCCUCCACGACCUACUUGCGAAUUUUCGCGCAGGCAAAAGAUGCUGGCACUUUGGGAAAGCUUUUGCAAGCAUGGAUGUAUAAUGGAAUGGCACAUUUUGCAGGAAUGCACUGUUCGAUGGAUAUGCGCACUGCUAUUCCCAAGUCCUACCUUGGCUUUUACCCCGCAACCAUCCCUCAAAGUGAGCUUGAGGAAUCUGUUAAUAUCCUCACAACAGACGGCAAAACGCAGGUCAUAGUGGUCGGACCACCACAGAAGACGGAGCCUUUGCAGGCGCGUGAGAACUACGAACCAACCAACGCUGCAGCACUCGACUCGUUCGGCCCGACAGUUAUGCGACCCAUUGGUGACAUUGUUCUUGGCCGUAGUGGAGACAAAGGUGGCAACAUCAACUGCGGAUUGUAUGUACAGACUGCCGCUCAGUGGGAGUGGUUAAGGUCUUUCCUCACACGGAACAAGAUCAAAGAGUUGAUGGGAAAAGACUGGAAUGAUCGGUACUAUGUCGAACGCGUGGAAAUGGCAAAUAUUUUUGCCGUACACUACGUCAUAUAUGGCCCACUAGGAAGGGGGGUAAGCAGCUCGAAAUUACUAGAUUCUUUGGGCAAGGGCUUCGCCGAGUUCAUUCGAGCGGUUCAUGUACCAAUUCCUACGAAGUUUCUUGACGAAGCUUGA